UUCAGAGGGCCCCUGAGACCUCCCAAAGAGAGAUAUUUAUUAAACAACCUGAGUUCAUUUGGCAUGUUAAACUACAUGGGAAGUGUUGUUCAGAAGGAGUGAUUGAAUCUUCUCAAGUUAUAUUGUAUGGUUGAUGCUACUAAUAUAGAUAUCCUAGAAGUUAUGUGACAUUCAUGAAAAUCUGAUAUGUUCUGAUAAAAUGCUGUCAGUUAUAAUUUGAGUUAUCAUAUUAAAGUGUUUCAAAUCACAGCAAUGACCAGAUUUACUUUGUCAAUUUCAAUUUAAUCAGAUUUUCAACAUGCCUUCUGUGGUUUCACACUGAUGCCUUUGCAAAAAUACUGCUACUUCCAGAUAUACGGAAAAGCCGCAGCCGCCGAUUCCGGAGCCGGGGUAGCUGCCGCCGCCGCCGCCUCUGCAGCCGCCGCCGCCACCGGAGGAGUGGGCUUGGGAAGGACGUGGUCACCGCGCCCGGAGCUCCACUCGCAAGGUUCUCUGCUCCCUGCAGUCCUCCCACGGGAAUGACCAUGGAUAAAAGUGAACUGGUACAGAAAGCCAAGCUCGCCGAGCAGGCCGAGCGCUAUAAUGACAUGGCUGCGGCCAUGAAGGCGGUCACGGAGCAGGGGCAUGAGCUUUCCAACGAGGAGAGAAACCUGCUGUCGGUCGCCUACAAGAAUGUGGUCGGUGCCCGCCGUUUGUCCUGGCGUGUCAUCUCCAGCAUCGAACAGAAAACUGAGCAGAACGAGAAGAAGCAGCAGAUGGGCAAAGAGUACCGCGAGAAGAUCGAGGUCGAGCUGCAGGACAUCUGCAACGACGUGCUGGAGCUGUUGGAUAAAUACCUUAUUCCCAAUGCUACACAGCCAGAAAGUAAGGUGUUCUACUUGAAAAUGAAAGGCAAUUAUUUUAGAUAUCUUUCUGAGGUGGCAUCUGGAGACAUAAACAAACCACUGGGCAGAGCGGCUGUAGCCUACUGCUGA